CACAAGCUCUCUGAUAUUUGCUGUCAGUGAGAGGGGACAUGGCGCAACAAGCAGAUCAGCUUGACCGGGAAAAAUUCUCCUGUUCGAUCUGUCUGGAUCUCCUGAAGGAUCCGGUGACUAUUCCCUGUGGACACAGCUACUGCAUGGACUGUAUUAAAAGCCACUGGAGUGAAGCAGAGUACACCCAAAGCUGUCCUCAGUGCAGGCAGACCUUUAGACCGAGACCUGCCCUGGUGAAAAACACCAUGUUAGCAGAUUUAGUGGAGGACCUGAAGAAAACAGGAGCCUCAGCUGAACCAGCUGAUCACCGUUAUGCUGGACCUGAAGAUGUGGCCUGUGAUUUCUGCACUGGGAGAAAACUGAAAGCACUCAAGUCCUGUCUUCAGUGUCUGGUCUCUUACUGUGAGCAACACCUCCAGCCUCACUAUGAGUCUCCAUCCUUUGAAAAACACAAGCUGGUUCACCCUUCCAAGAAGAUUCAGGAGAACAUCUGUACUCGUCACAAUGAGGUGAUGAAGAUUUUCUGCCGCACUGAUCAGCAGUGUAUCUGUUAUCUCUGCUCCAUGGAUGAACAUAAAGGCCACGACACAGUCUCUGCUGUAGCAGAAAUGACUAAGAGGCAGAGAGAGCUAAAACUGAAUCAGCAAAAGAUCCAUCAGAGGAUCCAGGACAGAGAGAAAGAUGUGAAGGUGCUUCAGCAGGAGGUGGAGGCUAUAAACAGCUCUGCUGAUAAAGCUGUGAUGGAAAGUGGGAAGUUGUCCACUGAGCUAGUCACACUCAUUGAGAGAAGAAGCUCUGCUCUCAAGCGAAAGAUCAGAUUCCAACAGGAAACUGAAGUGAGUCAGGCCAAAAAGCUUCGGGAGAAGCUGGAGCAGGAGCUUGUUGAGCUGAGGAGGAACAGCACUGAGCUGGAGAAACUCUCACACACAGAGGAUCAAACCCAGUUUCUCCAAAAUUGCACCUCUUUGUCACCUCUCAUCAAACGCACCACCUUACCCAUCUUCAAUACCCGUCCUCUGCAAUAUUUUGAGAAUGUGAGGACAACCGCCUCACAGGCCAAACGCAAACUAUGGAUGACCUGUGAUAUGGAGUUGGACAGAAUCUCAGAGACUGUAACUGGAGUGAAUGUUUUACUGCUUCCAGACCCAAAGACCAGAGCUGAAUUUUUACAAUAUGCUGUUCCAAAGAAAAAGCUCACUCUCAAUCCAAACACAGCAAACACAAAACUGAUGUUAUUUGAAGGUAAGAGAAAGGUGAGCUUAGUGAAAGAUGAACAGUUUUAUUGUGGCCACCCAGACAGAUUCAUGGACAAGUCUCAGGUUCUAAGUGAACAACAUCUGACUGGACGUUGUUAUUGGGAAGUACAGUGGAGAGGACUCGGAGUUUCAGUAGCAGUCGCAUACAAAGAUAUUGCCAGAACAGGACAGAAAAGUGAAUUUGGAGACAAUGACAAGUCUUGGGUAUUAGAGUGUUCCUCCAAUGGCAACUACAAGUUCAGACAUAAUGGCGUCAGAACUAACCUCUCUGAACGCCCUCCAUCCAGCGCCUUGGCCCUAGGACAGAGCAACGUCAGAGUAGGAGUGUUCCUGGAUUAUAAUGCAGGUAUUCUGUCUUUCUACAAAGUCUCUGAAACCAUCACGGUCCUCCUCCACAGAGUUCGGAUCCCAUUCACUCAGCCGCUCUACGCUGGAUUUGGUGUUUAUUAUUUUGGAUCUACGGCUGAGUUUUAUGAAGUCAAGUAGGCUCGGCAGUUAGAGUGGAUUUUCAGCAGCUGUUUGGAACAGCAACCAGAGACAACAUUCGCAAAUUAGACAAAGGCUGAGUCUCUCCUGUGACACUCAUUUAGUGAUAAAAGCUUCUGUGUGGUCUGUAUCCUGUAAUUCUCCUGAUUGUUCUUUCUUUGCACUGACAGUGAUCACAGUGCUCACAUACUUUCUUAAUAUACUGUUUGUGUGUAUAAAGUGAAUAUGUAAAUGGAAAGAUGGGCUCUGAUUCCUCAGUGGUUCUCCUGUUGUUUGUAUAUUUGUAUAGAACUGUGGUGUUUUGGGACCAAACUCCCCACAGAUCAUCUGUCAGACGGUUUGGGCAGGACUCUGACAUCUCCACUUGAUUUUCUCAUUUCACUGUAUUUUCAUCUGUUUGUGGACAUUUCAUCUUCAUGUUUUCAUUUUAAAUAAACCACAAGUGUGAAACGUGUCA